AAUGCUGAACUGCCACUGCCAUUCACAUAACAGCAGUCACCCUCUGUCUCUCUCUCGCAGACUUUAUUUUCCCAGUCUGGCUCACUGUUGCUCCAGCAUUCAAAGAACGUCUGUGAGAUAUUUGGCAGCUUGACUUAAGUGUUGAGCUCAUCUGAAGCCUUUUUUUUUCUGGAAAUUCAUCCUCCACCAGUCCUUUGUGAGAGAAUGUAUCUGCCGUUGUCAGUGCUGAUAUGUCUCUCAGUCGUCCAGCUGAGCAUGGCUGAUAUGCCUGUGGAGGAAAUCAUCACAACAAAGAAAGUGCCUCUCCUGGGUGGCUGGUUUGAUAAGAAUCCAGAGUCAGACGACGUCCAGGAAGCAGUUCAACAUGCCGUGAAUGACUUCAACACCAAGUCCAAGAGCAGGAGGAUGUUUAGACUGGUGUCCAUCAACUCUGCUCGCAGCCAGGUAACCAAUGUGAUCAACUAUAAGAUUGACGCAGUCCUAGGAAAAACCAAGUGUCUCAAAACAGAGAACAAUGACUUAUUGAACAGCUGCAGUCUGAUGAAAAAGCAUAUCAAGUGCUCCUUUGAGGUGACCUUCGACCCCCGCGACAACAAGCAUGAGCUCAAGCUGCACAACUGCAGGAAGCAUAAGGAUGUUGUGUAACCUUUUUUAUGAUAAUUGAUAAAGUUUAGCUUUACUUAAGCUCUAACAACCUUGUUCCAUUUUAUACCAUGUGAGACAUUUUUUCCUGAAUACAUAUUUUACAGUUUAUUAGAGCGAUAGCUGUGAAGUAUCAUAUUUAAUAUGAUGGACAGUUUCAAACAAUGACACAUCAGUGUCUCAGUAAAAGUAGUCUGGAAUAGGAAACUAUGAGCAGGUAGAUCAUUUUUUUCUACAAUCAAUACAUUAAAUGACGAUAGUUACAACUGAAGAGUUAAUUUGCAAAAACAGAUAACUUGUUUUUUUUUAAAUAAAAAAAACAUUUCUUUUUGAUAUACAUUUUUAGUAAUGUUAAUUUUUGAAGAUACCUCUAAUUAGUAAUGUAAUUGUGUCUUGCGCAAAGCCACCCAACUGCAGUUGAUUGAUAAUACCUUAAGCUAGUAAUACAAAAAAUAUGUUUUGUGAAACAUUUUGAAGAAUGUUAAAAAGUGAGUUAUCUGUUUUGGCAAAUGAACUCUUCAACUGUUAUUUAUGCUUUCUGACUUCUACUUAUAUUUUAUAAAGUGAUCUUUUGCCUUUUUUCACUAGUUAAUGGUAUUACGUGCUUUUGCAAAGAGAAUAGAAUGCUAGAUAUCAUAGCAUAACAAGCUAUUGCUUAUUUGAAAAGUGCUAAAAACCUAACAAAUUAUGAUUUCGGAUGUUUUAUGCAAAAAGCAAAAACCACAUGAACUCUUAUUUUUAUAUUUAUUUCACAAUGCCAUUCAAACAGAUAUCUUUUGAAGGCAGAGUUGUCAUCCAUUUCCUUUCAAAUGUCUGAAAAAAACCAAAAGGGACAUGUGAUGAGUCAGCACAAAGAACCAAGACUGAGGUCAUCUUGUAUGUUUGUUUUCAAAGCAUACAAGAUGAAACCUUUAAAUCCUACAUAACAAGCAAAAAGAAAAAGUCUGAACAAUGUUUCCAGAAUGCAACCUAUCUCUUUAAGUCAUUUUCCAUGCAAUCAAGCAGGCAAACCUUGAAAUGUAUUUAUAUUGUAGGGAAGGCAUUGCAUCAAGCUGUUCAGGAGGAUAUUUUGUUACUCACUGCAACUGUAAAACCGGUUGAUCCUGAGGAUAUCAGUAUCAGACAUCUCAUCCCUUUGUCCAAUUGGUACAGAGGAAUCUGGAAUGGGGGUAAUGGUGUCUGCUCCAUACGUUGAUGUGAAGGAAGUCCUACAGCAAAAGAAAAUAAAAUCAAUUAAAAUCCAAAGCUGAUAAAA